GCAAAGAUAGACCUCUUAGUAGUUGGAGAUGUUGCUGUUCGCUACCUGGCUGAUGCUGUACCGAAAUUCUUUUCUGAUGCAGCAGAAGUCACCAUCACCAUUAGUGACAUAAAGAAGGCACUGGUCCUUCUGGAUGAGUGCACAUUCCACAUGGUGUUCCUGAAGGUAACUUCUUCACUGACUGCCGAGGAGCUGGACGCUGUCAAGUUAAUUAGAUUUGGCAAGAAGAAAAAUACACAUUUGCUGUUUGUUUUUAUAAUCCCUGAAAAUGUUAACGGUUGUUUUUCAGGUGGUGGAGCUGAUAUUACUCUAACUGAACCACUAACCAUGGAAAAAAUGAGUGUUGUGGUAAAAUACUGGAAAACAUAUUUCUCAAGUACUGUUAAGAAUGAAAAUGCUAUGAGGCCAGAAGAACCUGGAUUGCCCCUGCUGAGGUCCUGCAGUGAACACGUGGGAUAUUUUUCUACUGAUCUAUUUGCCUGCUCUGAAUCUCUAAGAAAUAACAUUGGAUUUGAAUUAAAAGCUCCAUUGUCAGAUUUUGAGGAAAGCAAAGAGAUUCCUCUUCGUCAUUCAAGCAAAGAAAAGUUAAGAAGAGAACGAAUGAAGUAUUGCUGCGAGCAGCUGCGUGCUCUCUUGCCAUACGUAAAGGGGAGAAAGAACGAUGUGGCUUCAGUCCUUGAGGCAACGGUUGAUUAUGUGAAGGAUAUCCGAGAGAAAAUCCCUCCAGCCGUCAUGGGCCAGAUUACAGAGGCACUUCAGAGCAAUAGGAGGUUUUGUAAGAAACGGCAAAUAUUCUCUCUCCCGAGCCCAGUCAUGGCACAAAGGGAAGACAGUGUGUUUACAAGCACUUACUCACCUGUGAGAGGAAUCCGACUCCUGGCUAAUAAGCGCUUGAACGUGUAUUCCGUUCCUGCCGCCGCGGGCUCCUUGGAUGAAGCCGUGAGAGGUCAGUCAAACUCCACAUCGGAGAACGCUAUUGGUGAAUUGUGUAAAGCUCAGAAUCCCAGCACAGCUGUCUCUCUCAACUCCUUCCAUGUUGUCAGCUACUAUUCCACAGUCGUCCCUCCCUAUGAUGCAACUGCCAUUGCAAAUCAGAACAUUUCAAUUCAUUUACCAUCAGCCGUGCCUGCAGUCUCAAAGUUUCUUCCUCAGCACUGAAAUUCUGUGCUGGGCCAGACAUGCACAACCCUCCGCAACUGUGUG